AUGAAAGCGAUUGACAUUCGCAACAUUGUAGUUGCCGCUCUCACUAUUUUCAUAGACCAGGCUAGAGCAGCAACAAUAAAAGAGAAUACAUAUUACUCGGGUGAAUUACCUUCUGAAGGUUUCACUGUUAAUUCAAACCAAUUUUUAGCAUUGGUUAACACCAAAACAGUUAAUUUUGCAGGUCCUUUGACUAUCAAUAAAGAUGCAAGUGUUUUUAUUGGUAAUGAGAAUGCUGCAAAUGGUGCAAUUAGCUCUACUUUCUCAAUAAAUGGUGACAUCAACAACUAUGGUACCAUCGUUCUGGACAAUAGAAACUCUUCUGAUGCAGCUUCGGUAUCAUGGACAGCAAAAACCUUUAAUAAUUAUGGUUCUAUGUUUUUUAAUGGUGCCUCCGCUGUUGUCCAAAACUCUUUUGUGUUGACUGGCCAGACUGAAUUGGUAAACAAAGGUCUAAUCCAGUUCACCCAACAACCUACAAACUGGGAUGCGGUUGGAAGCGUAAGCUCACCAUCUUUAGUAAACGAAGGUACAAUUUGUCUGAAGAACAUGAAAACUCAAACUAUUAGUUCUAUUUCAGGCAGUGGUUGUAUUGUUAUUGGAGAGAACUCAAUAUAUGAUAUGCUGUCAAUUUCUCACGGUACUGUUGGUUCACAAAUGAUUUACCUUUCUUCUACUUCUUCCGAAUUAUAUGCAGAGAGUGAUGCUAAGACCGACAAUAUUGUUGUUGCUGGCUUUGGUAAUGGGAAUGUUAUUACAUUUAGAACAUCGAUUGACCCAUUUAGAGGCAAAUGGUCUUAUGAUGGUAAAACCGGAAUCUUAACUGUUAAAGUCUGGCCUUCAAUGACUCAUAUCUUUAAUAUAGGAUUAGGUUAUGAUUCCAGCAAAUUUGAUUGGAAGCAAAUCGAUAACCAUUGUACUCCAACAUUAGUGAAUAAUGCCAUUUACUACAAAGGACCUAUCCCAGAUGGUGCAAAUAAACCUGAUAAAUGCUUACCUUGUGUUGAUCAUAUACCAUGGAUUCCAAAAAUCGAAGAAACGACCCAAUAUGAAGGUUAUGAUGGUUCUCAAACUACAACUGCUUCAACAAAGGUGGAAACUAAAACUGGUAAUGACGGUUCUGUUACAGAGCAAUUUACUUAUUAUGUUAAAACACCAGCUACUCGACUAGCGUCCACUCAAUUUAGCUUAGGUAAAGGGUCCAAAACUACAACUGUAGAAACACAAUUGAAUACUUUUACUGGAAAAGACGGAAAAGAAACAAUCGAAACAAUUUUUAUUGUUGAAACCCCUGUUAUUAGUACAGCUACAACAAAGUAUACUCUUGGAAAAGGCUCUGCUACCACGACGGUGAACACAGAAUACACGACGGAUAUAGAUAGUGAUGGAAAGGAAACGGUCAAAGCAAUAUACUUUGUCGAGACACCUGCAGUCUACAUCUCAUCUACAAUGAUUACAAAUGGUACAAAUUCUCAUACAACCACAAUUAACACUGAAAUUAGAAGUUUUGUAGGAGUUGAUGGUAAGCAGACAAUUGAGACAAUAUAUCUUGUUGAAACUCCAACAAAGUCUCUAUUAGAACCAACCUCAUCUGAGUUUUUAUUUUCUUCAAGUUUUGAAAAAAAAAGUUCUUCGUAUCCUACAAGUUCAAGCUCAACACCUGCUGCACAUUCAUCAAGUAUUGCUCAUAACUCUACAUUUACUACAAGUGCCUCAGAAAGUUUUUCCUAUCCAAUAUUAGAAUCAACUUAUACAACACAUUACAGUUCCGAUGAUUGGUUUGUAGAGAAAAUUGUUUCCUAUUAUGGUUCAACAGGACCAGAUGGCAAUAUCGUACAAGCUACUGGAACCGCCUACUUUAGAGAAAGAGUAGAUGCUCAACCUGUAUUUCAAGGUGCAUCUUCUAGUUCUUUUGUGAAUCAUAGUUCCUCUACUGAACAAAAUACGAUUUCUGGUAGUGGUAUAUUAUCCAGUUCAAACCCAUCUCUCUCUGUCUUGCCUUCAGAUGGCAGUGACAGUAGAACUUCUUCCAAAAUUAAUACAUCAUCGACGAGUAGCAAAUAUAAAUCAAAUUAUCAAAACCUAACAGCCAGUGAAUCGAGUUCUGAUUUUACAACCACUAAAACUCUUACAACGUUUACUACUAAGACAACGACUCAUUGUAGUGAAAAUAAGUGUUCCAUAUUUACUACCACUAUAGAAAUUGUUGAUACAAUCACAACUACCGACUGUCCUCUAUCUCAUGCAACCACUUCCACUACUCUAAUCGACACUAUAAGUUCCAAUGAUUUCACCACUUAUUCAAGCUUUUUCCAACCAAAAGAUAGUGAUAACCUUGUAAAUAGCAGCCGUUACUUGAAUGACACAGGUUUUAACAAACCAGAGCAAGGCAAAAUCGAUUCACAAUCCAUUGAACAAGAAACGAUAGCUAACAUAAUAACUACUACAACAACAACUACCACUGAUGCAAUUUCUACAGCUAUUCAUGAUUAUAUUGACAGAACUGUUACAGAAAAGGUACUAAAGACUAUUUAUGAACAAGGUACUGAAGCGGAACCUACCAAUACCUCAAGCAAACUAUCUACCAUUGUGAAGACCGAACCAACGAGCACAACAACAAGGACAACUCUUGAUAAUAAGUCAGGAAAACUUGUUCCACCGGCAAGUUCAUCUAGAUCGGUUACUGCCACAUCAAGUCUGCCUGUCAAACAAUCAGGGAAAAUUUCAAUUUCUUUAUCUAGUGUAAUUACUUCUCAAGUCGAAGUUGAACAACUGCCCACUUAUAGAAACCAUUCACAAGCUGAAACACAGAUUCUAGAACAACAAUCUAAUAUGGGAAGCUCAGUAAUUCUACCUUACUGGACCCUUGCCAUUUUUUUUAUCUUUCACCAUAUAAUAUAA